GCGGCGUUGCAGCCCGCUGCAGGUGCUUCAAGAAGGAGAGCGGAUACGCGAUAACGGGCCCUGGCGACGCACAGCGACGGUGUUUGGGCGCUUGCUCUUUGGUGCCUCUCCGGUCUAGUGUGUCUAUAGCACGAUAUUUCGCUAGCUCCUGCUUACGCGAGCAACACGGGAUCGGGAGAUAAAGCGCCUACGGAGAUGAUCAGAAUUGCUUAGAAGUGAUCAUGGGAAGAAGAUCAACCCGCAUGCGGCUGCUCUGGCUCCUGGCCGCGGCCCCGGCCAGCGCCUGGCUGAGCCCUCCUUCGCGGCGCCCCCACGCGAGGUUCCAGGCCGUCGUACCGAAGGUCGACCUCGAGAACGUGGAGGAGGCCUUCGCCUAUGCUGCGGAAAUCCGGGAGCACGCCCCGUCGUUGUUCGAACGACUCGAGACCGCGCGGCCCGAAGACGCGCUCGAGAUGUUGACCUAUGCGGAGCAGCUGCAGAAAGCUACCACUUAUCUGCGGCCGUCGGCGCGGCAAGCAGUAAGGUACGCUCUCGAGGUCGCCUUCUUGGCGCAUCGCGGCCAGACGCGGCGCUCCGGGCAGCCGUUCGUCACUCACCCUGUUGCAGUAGCAUCCAUCCUCGCAGAAACGAGGAUGGACCGCGACGCUGUUGUUAGUGGAUUAUUGCACGACACGGUCGAAGACACGGACAUGACCUUUCAAGAAGUGGAGGCGAUGUUCGGGCGCGACGUGCGAGGCAUCGUCGAGGGCGAGACGAAGGUCUCGAAGCUCCCGAAGAUGGCCCGGGAGUUAAAUACGCCGGACUGGGACGCCGAACGGGAGCAGGUCGAGAACAUGCGGAGCAUGUGCGUGGCAGCGUGUGGAAAUCAAACCAGUGCGUCGGGUGCACGCCGUCGAGCAAGCGUCGCGUCGAUGGCGUAACGCGCCGUAAAAGCUUGAUAUCCGCGCAGGUUCGUGGCCAUGGCCGGCGACUGGAGGGUUGUGGUCGUCAAGCUUGCUGAUAGGUUGCACAACAUGCGCACCCUGGAGUUCAUGCCGCCGAAGAAGCGGACGAGGAUCGCGCGCGAGACGCUCGAGAUCUUCGCGCCGUUAGCGCAUCGGUUAGGUAUCUGGACGUACAAGACCGAAUUGGAAGACGCAGCCUUCCGGCAUUUAUACCCUGGCGAGUACCUGGCGCUGGAUACGGCUAUCAAAGGUCGUAGGAAGAGGUGCGAAGCCGCUCUCGAGUCUUGUCGGCAGCAACUCGAGGAGAUGCUGUACGGGGACGAGCUUGUGAGGGGUCGAGCUCGAAGAAUUAGGGUCGAAGGGAGAACAAAAUCAGCGUAUAGUACGUGGAAGAAGAUGAGAAGGCAGCAGUGCGGCUUGGAGCGCGUCGACGACCUCGUGGCGUUGCGCGUCAUUCUGGAGGCCGAUGACACCACAGAGUCGGUAGAAGACGACACGGCUUUAUGUUAUCACGUCCUAGGGAAGGUGCAUGGCCGGUGGACGCCCCUACCUCGCACGCUCAAAGAUUAUAUUAGUUCGCCAAAACCCAAUGGUUAUAGAUCCUUACAUACCACAGUGUUAGUUGGUUCCCAGCCUCUAGAAGUACAAAUAAGGACCGACGACAUGCACCGCGUCGCGGAGCUCGGCGCCGCAGCACAUUGGUCUUAUAAGGACGAGACCGCGUCCCUACCCUGGCUGCAGAUUAUUGGGGAAUGGGAGGCCCAAGUCGAUUCGGCUUCGGUAUUUAUGGAGCUUGUACGUAACGAGCUAUUGGGCAGUAGGGUCUUUGUCUUCGCGCCCCAAGGGAGGAUUCUCAAUCUCGCGAAGGGCGCAACAUUAAAUGAUGCGGUGGCACAUGUCAUCCAGGGCGGCGACUGGGGCAUCGACGUGCAGGGCGGCGCCUUGGUCAAUGAGGUCUCCGAGGCGUCGUCCUACGUCCUGCGGAACGGCGAUAUUAUUUCUUUUGCCGCCCAGGAAGAACUGCCCUUACAGGAGCGGGAGCCCUGGCAGCUUUGUAGCGUCUGUCGGCCGUUGCCGGGUGAUGCCGUGCAUGGGGUGGCGGCCCAGCACUCGACGCGAGGUACCGUACAUAGGGCCAACUGCGACUGCGAAGUUUUGAGGAGGGAACUAGAGCGACCUGGGGCGCGCUUCGUCGACGGCGCGGCCCUAGCGAUGAAUGAUGAUGAUUACGACGCCGUGAGGCAGGCCUUAGGUCCUUCCUCGAAAGUCAAGGACGCUUUUACCGGUGAAGUCCUUGGCUAUGAUUCUUCACUAGUCGUGUUCGGGCGCGACCGCACGCGGAUGCUCUUAGAUGUCUCGCAAGCGGUCUCCAUGGUCAACAUCGUCGACGUGAUGUCGGAGACGCGCGCUCCCGGUGGGCAAGCUGCUUUUCAAUAUACCGUUCAUGUCGACGACCGGGACCACCUGGAUCGAUUAUUUGAGGCUAUCAGAGAAGUACCGGACGUCGUCAGAGUCGUGCGGGGGUCCAUGAGACUACUGAAGAGAAAAGGCACGCACGCUUUCUGGGCCAUGGCGCUGCCGGACUCGGAGGACGACUCGCCUCCUUCCGCGCCGCCCGCGUCGGCGCCGUAUCUAUAAUACUUGUUGUACAUAUAA